AUGCCUGAAAGGGUGCCACAUGGUGCACAGGUCUGCCAAAUGGGCGGAAAUGUCCAUUCCUGGGGCAGUGGCGAAAUGGGCCAAUUGGGCUUCCCCUCCCUGGAGGACCUCCCCAAAGAUCAAGAUGGCUACCCCUACGAGCCAACGGCCAGUGUCAUCAAGGAGUUUAAGCAGAUCAAGAUCUGUCAAAUCGCAGGGGGCGAUGGACACACGGCUGCCGUUACAGUCCAUGGGAAGUUGUACAGCUGGGGAGCCAGUGCUUGCGGUCAGCUUGGUCACUGUGAUACAGCUCAGAUGCCCAAGGAUGUAGAAGGCUAUCCCUAUCAACCGGUUCCUCUCUUGGUCAGCAGCCUCCAGGAUGUGUGCAUUGUACAAAUCGCCUGUGGUGACGCACACACGGUAGCACUGUCGCGCGAGGGCGUGUUAUAUAGUUGGGGCGGAGGAGGAUGUGGGCAACUGGGCCACUCAGAGACUUCCAAGAUGCCCAAGGAUGAAGAUGGUUGUCCGUACCAGCUCACCCCACGUGUCGUAGAGCAUCUGCGACCCCACGUCGUAGCCACCGUUGCUUGUGGCAAGGCCCACACCAUAGCAGUUUCAGAGCGCGGCAGAAUGUUCACUUGGGGUGCCGGUGCCUGUGGACAAUUGGGUCAUCCGGAUACCAGCAGCUUUCCAUCAGAUGAAGAUGGCUAUCCUUUUCAGCCUGUUCCGAGGGAAGUAGACCAUCUGAAAGACUUCAAGGUCAUUGCAACAGCCUGUGGGGAUGUGCACACUCUGGCCCUGACAGAUGAUGGCUAUGUGUACUCCUUUGGCGGUGGUUCAUAUGGUCAACUUGGGGUCAAGGAUGUGCUGACCAUGCCAGUUGAUGCUGAUAAUUGUCCCUACAUGCCGACGCCCCAGCCCGUCUUGAACCUGGGCAACAUCGUGCGCUUGGCGUGCGGCGAUUCGCACUCCCUCACCGUGGACCGCGAUGGGCGUCUGUAUUGCUGGGGCGCCAACUCCUGCGGCCAGCUGGGGAUCAUGAAUCCAGAUGACCCCAGAAUACGGAAAGAUCCGGACGGCAUCCCGCACUUGCCGACACCGGCAAUUGUGGAAGCAUUGGCCGACCAGAGGAUAAUAGACAUAGCUUGUGGAGAGGCACAUUCCCUGGCAGUCUCAGCCACUGGGAACCUCUACAGUUGGGGCGCCUGCUCCUGUGGACAACUUGGACUUGGCAGCUGUGAAGGAAUGCCAGUAGACAGUGAUGGCUAUCCAUAUCAGCCCACUCCAACGCUGGUCACGGGCUUCAGAGGACAAGCUGUCUUGAAAGUUGCCUGUGGCGGGGUUCACAAUCUUGCCAUCACCGAGCCAGACCAGUCCCUUGCGCUGAGUCUCUCCAGUUUGGUGAACAGUGAGACCUUGGCGGAUGUUGCUUUUCGCAGCAGCGAAGGCAGUGUCCUCUACGCCCAUCUUUGCAUUUUGAAGCACAAUGCUUUAUCGCUGCACUCCUACGUCAUGGCUCAACUUGAGGGGGGGACGAACAGCAGCGUGGUAGUUGAUGGAGAACAGCAGAUUCCGUUGGUGGCAUUGGCAAACGCGCGAAAGGAGGUCCUCUUGGACUUUAUGCAGUAUGUCUACACGCUGGACAUUGAUGCUGCCACCAUGUCACUUUCCAGCUUCUCCGCGGUUCUAGAACUCUAUCACCUUGGUGAUCGGUUUAACUUGACCAACCUGCUUCCAAAGUGCCGACGGUUGAUACGGCAGCAGUUGGGCAAGCAGAACUUGUACAGACCCAGCACCCUCAACCUGUUUGAUACAAGGUCAAGCUCCGCAGCUCGCAGUGCCCUGCUUUUCCGCGGUUAUCAGGAAGACGUGCCGAGCGACGAGUCACCUGCCCCGGCUCCACCGGACUUCUCCCCCGGUGCUGGCGAUGGCUGGGGCAUCUUCUUCCUCCCCACAGGGCAAGCCCUGGUGCUAGAUGAUGUGGCCUACCGGGAAACGUUGGCACGCGGGACGCUACUGGACCUUCAGGAUAUUGAAGCUCCUAUCAAAGACGAGGAUGCGACAAUCUUGGAGGACCAUAUGCGUCAAAUGCUGGCCGACAAGGAGAGCUGUGAUGUUACAUUAGUUGCGGGCCUUGAAUCUGAUGAAGUGGCGGCACACAAGUGUGUCUUGGCGAGCCGUUCAUCCUACUUCCGGGCAUUGUUUUCAUCCGAGUUUCGAGAGCGAAGCGAGGGCAGAGUUCUUCUCGAGGACAUCACCUUUGAACAGCUCAUCUUGUUGCUGAACUUCAUCUAUGCAGACGAUUGGUUAGCAGAAGAUGCGGACUUUGCGUUGGAUAUGAUUCCCAUUGCGGAUCGGUUUUCAGUUCUGGAUUUGAAACGCCUCUGUGAACGGACGCUGAUUGGUGCCAUGUCAGUGGACAAUGUGGCACGAGUCUUUGCGCUCGCCGACAAGUAUUCUUGCAACAGGCUGCGAAGUAGGGCCUUGUUGUUUAUGACCGACUCCGCCAAUUUCCACCUGGUCAUGAAGACUGCCAGUUUUGCAGAGCUUGACAAGGCGCUGAUCCUCCAGAUUCUGCAUAGUCACAAGACAGCUCCUGCGCCUGCGCCUCCACCCUCCGAGCCGCUUCCGGGCAACUCGGCCACCAAUUCCAAGGCUGGCCAGAGCAAGAUGCGCGACCAUCGCCACCGUGGCGGCAGUGCGGGCGCCGGGACUGCGCGCCCGCCCGGCGCCAAUGCGGCGGGAUUGCGUGGAGGCAGUAGCAGCAGCAGUUGUGCUCCUCUCAGCACCUUGACGGAGGCAUCCACCACGCAAGGUAGAGCUAGCGAUGGCCCGCAAGCACCAUGUGGGGGCAGCAGUAGCUCCUCAACGCUGUUCAGUCCACAAGGUGCUCGCCCGGGUCCCCGAGGUGGCACCAGUCCCGAGCUGCGAUCGGGAGGUUUGGAGGUGCCACGGCUACCUCCAACCCCGGGACGAUCGUCCAUAACUGACCAGACCAACUCGGAUGUCCGUUUUUUUGAACUCGGUCCUGGAUGA